UGUAGCUAUGUAGUUCACUCCUUAAAUACUAGGGGAGCUUGGAUUUAAAAGAUGGCUGCACUGUUUCUUUUUUGUAACAGCAUGUAUCUGUAAAUGACAAAUUAUAAGAAUGUUUUUCUUUAGCAAAAGUGUGUGAUAUUCAACAAUUCGACGGUAUUUAAUUUAAAUUACUUGACGCUGAUGUGGUGACAGAACUGACAAGAAUCGAACAUGUUUCAACGUUGUUGCUCACUCGUGUCGACGGCACGACCGGUCGCGAUAGAUUUAAUUAGAUUUGUCUCAAAAAGCGGUGGGUCGAGACAAUGCGUGUCGAGGGAGCUCAAAAGAGACGUCGAGACAGCCUCUUCUAAAUCGAGUGUCUUGUCAGAAGCACCAAAGACUGAGGAUGAAAAUUAUGCGCUGGAAACGCGACCUAACCUGAACAAUAAUACAAACAUAGCUUCGUUUGCUCACGAGGACUAUCUAGAUGAUAGUGACAUAAAAUUGCCGCAUCCCCUGGACGUUUGUACCGAAGACCUGUCAGACAUUGGUCCGCCUCUUACUCCAACCUUCAGUUUCGCUAAAUAUGCGAACAAGUCCCACACAAUCAAGAAGCUGGUAGACCUUGGAGUCAGUUUGUACAAGUUUGAGGCAAAAGAAGGGAUGGUAGAGUAUAUCCUGAACCUCGACUUCGAUCGAGACGUGAAACCAUAUAUAAGAUUCCUGCAUGACUGCGGAGUACCUGCCGAUGACUUAGGCACAUUCAUUACAAAGAAUCCAAACAUCUUCAAGGAGGACAUAGACGAUCUGCACACGAGAAUAAGAUACUUAAGGGCUCAUAAGUUUAGCGUGUCGAUGAUAAAGACGAUAAUCUGCAAGAAUCCCAAGUGGCUCUCGUUCAAUACAAAGGAUAUAGAUGGCAGGCUCGGUUACUUCCAGAGCAACUUCAAGCUCAAGGGCAAUGAAAUCAGAAAGCUAACAGUCAAGGGGCCUAAGGUAGUAACAUUUAGGAUGGUGCAUCUAAUGGAAAACACGUUCAGUAUAAGGGAGGAGAUGGGUUUUGAUCAGGUGCAAGUGAAGAAAUUGCUUCUCACCCUGCCUAGGCUAUGGAUCAAGAAUCGUGACAGAUUGCUAAGUACGUUCGAAUAUGCUCAAAGUGAAAUGCAGUUGCAGCAUGAUUUUAUUACGCGGAUGCCACAAAUUUUACUUUGUCGAAAAACUAGACUUCAACAAAGACAUUUGUUUCUGGUGGAAAUGAAAAAGGCACAGUAUGAUCCUUCUAAACCAAUGUAUGUUUCACCAUUGACCUUAGUCAGCGGUACAGACAUUGACUUCUGUAGAGAUAUCGCAAAGACGUCUGUUGAUGUUUACAAUGCAUUUCUCAAAACGUUUUAA